AUGGAAGAAAGUAUAAAGAAACACUCCAGCCAUCUUUACAGUCAAGAACAAAAGUCUGUCAUUGAUCUUCUUUACGAUCUAAGAAUGGCAUUUUUCUUUGGAAAUCUCAUGCCUUACGCUCUGUUAACCAAGAAUCUGCUAAACAAGAAGCCCUUCAAAGUCUUGACAGUCAAUCAGUCCUUUUUGCUAUUGACUGGGCGAUGAAAUUUCUUUAAAUGAAAUACAGAGAAAAGAAAAGUGAAUGGUUUGCUAAAAGAGGCCUUAGCUUGCAUAUAAGCAGUGUGGUAUCAAAAGACCAAGAAACGCAGAAAGCUAAGGUCCUGUCGUGUACCCAUUUAUUAGAUUCGUGUUGUCAAGAUUGGUAUGCGGUUGUAUCUAUUUAAAAAAAACCUUUUUCAAAACAUCAAAGUAAAUUUUCCAAAUGUUAAGUAGGCAUUUUUACGUUCUGACGAGGCUGGCUGCUACCCUUGCAAUCACCUAAUAGCAGCAGUCAAAGAUAUUGGAGAUCGAGUGGGAAUUACAGUUGCACGUUAUGAUUUUUCAGAAGCCCAGCAAGGAAAGGAUGUUUGUGACAGGGUACUUUGUCCCAUGAAAACAGCAAUAAGAAAGCAUAUUGUGCGGAAGGCCAUUACAUCAUGAACGUAGGAGCAAUGUACCAAUGCCCAAGGCGCUUAAGGAACGGCCUGUCAAAGGAACAACAGCGGCUGUAGCCAUUUUGGAUUAGUCAUCUGAAGUUCUUGAGGUUCAGAAGAUAAAACAACUUAGUGAGUUGCACAACUUUAGAUACGAAGAGAGUGGGAUAAGAGUGUGGAAAGCUUACGCUGUUGGGGUCGACAGGCUUAUCCCUUGGCAAUCUUUGUACAUACGGCACCAGGGCUGCACAAAUAUAUCAUUAAUGGAGGGAAAAGGAUUCUUCACCAACACAGAAAUAAGACACCUUCAUCGCCCAAGGAAGUGUCAAGCAAGUAAAGGCGACGUUGAAAUUAAUGAUCAGCCAUCGAUGUUUGAGUGCCCUGAAGAAGGCUAUAAUUGCACUUUUGACUCUUUCUCCGAACUUGAGUUGCAUACAGACGUAGGAAUACAUGAUACUAGAAAGUCGGGAAGUCUUUAUAAUAAAUUACAGAAAAACCGGGCUGAAAAAUUUUCUUCCAUUGAGAACCAGAAGUUAACAACCAACAAAUCCUCCACUGGUCUGACUGUUAACAGCACAAAUUCUCGUCUAAGUAUCGGAUGGGCUCUUAACAAAGGUAGAACUGGCGGAGUUCGUUUUCCUGAGAACGUGAGACGGUACCUUACAACAAGGUUUGAAAUGGGAGAAAGAACGGGCAAAAAAGCCAAUUCAGAAGAGAUCGAAAGUCAAAUGCGCAAUGCCAGAAAUGAACGGAAUGAAAGAUGUUUCAAAGAGAGGAGUGGCUCACCAAGACCUGAAUAA